CAGCCCCUAAACACACUUACCCAAUUUUUCCCCAAAAAAAAAAACACAAUCGUACCUCGACCACCGAAAUACACAUUCGGCAGAAUCUGCUUAUUUCCUGGACCGAACUGGAAAGUCAUCAUUGCAUUAUUGCUGCACAGGGGAUAAACGUAAGGCAUCUCUGCAUCGCCAAGCGGCGGAUCUACUGCUGAUGGCAGCCCCAGAUCUGGUGGAUGGUCGCGAUGAAGAUGGCUUUACACCUCUUCAUCUGGCCGUCAUCGCAGGAAACAUGCCUUUGGUCACCUUCCUUCUGGCUUCCAAUGCAGACGUGAACGCAGUAGAUGCUGAAAAACAUACUGUUGUUCAUUGGGCUACUGUUUGUGGAGAGACCGAAGCUUUACGAGCAGUGUUAGCGGCUGGAGCCCCUGUAUCUACUCCGGAUGUUCAUGGAGGAUAUCCGCUGCAUUAUGCAGCCCAAAUGUGUGGAGGGGAAAAGGAUCAUCAUCUCGGGCAUCAGGUGUUACAGACUUUACUGGGGCACGAAGAAAUUAUAAUAUCCGUUGAAGAUGGGGAUGGAAGACAACCUUUGUUGUGGGCGGCCAGCGCUGGCUCAUCUAGAGCUAUGUUGGCUUUGAUUCGUGCCGGCUCCGAAGUCGAAGCAUCCGAUAAAGAUGGUUUAACGGCACUCCACUGUGCUGCUUCUAGAGGUCAUACCGAUUGCUUGGAUACCUUACUAACACUUUGCGGGGCUUCCGUUGAUGUCAUCGACAGUAAUGGAUGUACAGCUUUGCACUAUGCAGUCACCUUGGGUCAUGCCGAUUCAACGUCUUUGUUACUAGCGCACGGUGCCAAUUCCAAUAGGCAAGAUCGGAAAGGGAGAAGUCCGGCCCACUGUGGCUGCGCCAAGGGGCAAUUCGAAACAGUCAAAAUGUUAGGCUCACACGGCGCAAAUUUAUGGUUGAGGAAUGCUCGAGGAGAUCUUCCAUUGCACGAGGCGGCAGCUUCCGGUCGCAGAGACCUAGUCAAAUGGUUACUAGAACAGAGACCUAGCCAAGUGAACGCCAGAAACAACGACGGCCGAUGUCCGCUACAUUUGGCUGCAAUCAACGAUAAUUCGGACAUGUGCAAAAUCCUUCUAGACAGCGGAGCUAUAGUGAAUCCUGUAUUACGCACAUCGAAAAAUGCCUUCAUGACACCUCUUGAUUGCGCCAUGCAGCGAGGUUUUAGAUCCACUGCCAAAUACCUCCAACUACAAGGCGGUCUUCCAGCCAGCAAAAUACCGAAUCCAGCACCACAACCAACGAGCGGUGUCAGUCUUCACAUUCGAGAUGACAUCACCUUCUGGGGUGAUACAUCCGGAAGCGAAGAUGAGAAAACUGAAGGCAAACGAAAAAAACGAUCCAUCAAACGCAAGGUCGCCUACAAAUAUGAGAGAAAACCGGAGGAAAGCGAGAAAAGUGAAACUAAAAGUCCUAAAGAGAAACUCAUUUACAAUAACGAAGUGAAAAUCCUUGGUCACAGUCAAACUUUCAACUUCAGUGACAGCAAAACCUCUGAAUCUAGACCCAAAAGCACAAUACCCCAUAAACGAAAGGAAAAAGUCGAUACUCCGGAUCCCAGAAGAAAGGAGGAAACAAAGUUGCCUAAUAUUAACGAUAACAUUAAGGAAAUCGAGUCUUUGGCUCAAACGAUCGAGCAAAAAGCCAAAAAUAUUUGCAAAGAAGUUACCAUAAUGGAAAGCAACAUUUCUGAUUUCAAGCCGGACAUACAAUCGUUAACAAGCGUUGAAGAAUCGCCCGUGCAGAAUUUAGUAGUCGAAGCUUCUGUUCAUCCCCCACCAAAAGACACUUACAAAGAGGUAAUCCAAUCGCUUCAAGAAGAAUUAACGAUUUUACGCAAUGAAAUCAAAACGCUAAAAAGUAUCCCGCAAGAACAGCAUGAAUCGGCCAACACGGAUUUACAGGAACUGAAGAAGAACAUCGAAGAUAUAAAAAAAUCGCUGCUAACCAAACCAAACGAUAAUAAUCUGAAUGAAAGCAGUGAACAGCAUUUAAAGCAACUGAAGGAUGAAAUAGAAAUGUUGAAAUCAACGAUCAAAGAUAACACCACAAAAUUAACAGAUUACUCGCGCAAUGCCAAUAUCCAAACAGGUUCAAAUAGUACUGAUUUAAAAGUAGCUGCAGAUGUCGAAACUAAAGUUGAAGAUAAAAAAAAUAUUCAAGAGAGCUCAGCUGUACUCGAUACAAUAGAAAUUGUUGAUGAACUAGUUGAUAAAGUUGUUGUACAUGAGUUACUCAAGGAGAGCAAGGAAGAAAAACUUGAUGAUAAUAACGUGAUUGAUCAAAUUAAAUCAUUGGUGAGUCAAUUAGAUGAAAAUUCUGAACAAAUUUUAUUAAACACACUAAACCAAAUUAAAAAUUCCGAUAAAAUUAAUGAUCAAAUCGAAGCACAGGUUGAAGACAGUAGUGAAACAGUAAUUAAUUUAAAGGAAGAUAAUGAAAAAAAACUUUUUCAGCAAAUACAAACAUUGGCAAAUCAACUUGGAGAAAAUGCUGAAAAUAUGUUCUUGAACACUAUAAAAUAUUUACAAAGCGGGGAAAAUAACAACGAUAAAAUUCAAGUUGUUAAGGAAAGUGUAAUUGCUGAUAAUGAGGAUGUUGUAGAUCAAACUGUUAGCGAAGAUAAAACAAGAAAGGAUGUUGAUAGUAAACGUUUGGAGGAAGAUCAUGCCAAAAUAGAAGAAGAAAUUAAGAAAAUGGAAGAAGAAAAUAAGAUUAAAUCUAUAUCAUUGGAGACAUUAACAAAAUUAAUAGCAGCAACAACUUCUAGAAAUGUCACUGAGCUUCAAAAAAAUGCAUUUAAAGAGUUGGAAAUUUUAGAAUUAACAUAUGAUAAGAAUAAAUUACUAUUAGAGUCUCUGAAAACUGAAAUUAGUGAUGUGGUUAAUGAUAAACUUUUUAAGAUAACUUCUGAAGAGAUAUGCAAACAAAUCGAAGGACAAUCAGAAGCUGUGUUUAAAAAGGAAAUUGAUGAAAAUAUAAAAACUAUUGUACUUGAUAACUUGCAGCAAAUAAAAAAUGCAGGAGUAGAAAGUUUGAAGAUAGCUGAUCCAACUAAAAUAGAAAAUAUACAAUUAGAGAUAAUGGAACAAAUCAAAGAUGAGUCGGUGACGAAUAUGGUUGAAGAAGCUAUUAAAACGAUGCAGAAAAAUAAAGCUAAAGAACCUUUCGGUGAGGAAGUUAGUAAUGAUAAGAUAUCUUUAGAAACGUUUAACAAUCUGAUAGAAAAGGUGGAAGAAACUGUCGAGGCGGACAAGAAAACAGAAGUUGAAAGUAAACGACAGAAAGAUGAGGAUUUGGAGAAAGGUAUUGCCGAUGCAGAUAGUUCAGAGAAAAAUAAUCGCUUCCUGAAGUCUAAGAAACGUGGCCAUCAUCUGCACAUACCACGGGAUUUACCUGAUAGUAGUGUAGACGCCAAGUCCAGUGAAGAAGACCGCAGUCAUUCGGAUGAAUCUUCUUCCAUUUCCGCUUCCAAACGAAAGCACAAAAGUUUCACGAUUCUCGAGGAAGUCACGCGAUUACCGAAAAGGAAGAACAACCGAAAAACACGACCGAGAUCGGAGGAAAAAUCACCCCAAAAGACUAGGAUUCCAACACCUUUAAACAACGAACGCGCAAAAUCUAAUUUGGAGUCAAGAAUUCCUGUGUUACCGGAACUCCAGGAUAAUAAGUACAAAACUAAGUCAGAGAGUAAUUUAGCUAGAGAUUAUAGUGAUAAUGAGGAGGCUUCGGAAGAAGAACGGUCGCAGACCAGAAAGAAGAAGGUGAAAAGGAGGAAGGCCAGAGGAUCGAAGAACGCGGGGAGCGACUACGAAAGCAGCAAUUUAAUAGAUUCGGGUUUCGAGCCUAGUCCAAGGAGCAGCAGGAUUCCUAAAUGGAAAAACGUUUCGGAACGAGGGGUUAACAUGACAUCAGUUACGCAAUCAAUUCAAGGAAAUAUUAGGAGAUAUCAUUUGGAGCGAAAAAUAUUUCAACAUUUGCUCGAUCUGAAACGGCUUCAGAUUCGAUCUGGGCAACACAAUGAGGCUAUGCUUGUAAAACGAGCUAUAGACACCUACCAUAAGUCUUGUGCUUCGACUGUCGGUGCUGGGCAAUACGUUCCCAAAGACUUCUCCUUUAAGAGCUUCGAACAGUUCCUGUAUGAAUCGUUGAGGAAGAUCCAGAAGACAUCAGCUCCCGAAUACCUCAAAGGUUUACCGGAAAACGUCGUCGAGCAUCCUCUGCUCUGCACACAAAGCACUAAUCGGUGCAUGCACGCAACUCAUGCGUACACAGGAGUCCCAUGCGCUGCGUACUUGCCCAAAAUGGACCAUCACAGCAUUCCAAAGAUUGGCUUCAAUUCGUGUAAGCCUCAAAGCACAUUUCUGCCGGACAUAAAUGGCAAGAAGGCUGUCACUUUGGAACUAUGCCAUGGGAACGAUAAACAAGUCAUAUCACUGCCCACUGAUCGACUGGACCAAAACAAAAGGUAUUACGUGACCUUCACCGUGAAGGGUCAACCGGAGAGCUCAGCAAAAGAUGGCGAAGAAGGUCACAGACAUUCAAAAAGCGUAUGAGAUCAUAAAACAUCAUCAAAUUAUGGAAAAAAAAGUUGCAGACCAACAAUAAUAUACCUACAUAGAAUUCAUUCCUCUUCAAAUGGUUAA